ACUUCAAUCCAACUUUUCUCGUAAUGAUUUAGACUUUUUUGACUAAAAAUAAUCGUUUUUGCCUUUUAGAUGCCUGGUGGCGCUACAGUAAAGGACGUGAAUGCUCACGAUUUCGUGAAGGCUAUGGCAGCCUUCUUGAAAAAAUCUGGCAACCUAAAAGUCCCAGAUUGGGUAGAUCUGGUCAAGACUGGCAAGUAUAAGGAGCUUGCACCUUACGAUUCUGACUGGUAUUAYGUUAGAGCUGCUGCUGUUCUUCGACAUGUCUAUCUUCGUGGAGGUGUUGGUGUUGGUGCUCUUACUAAAGUCUAUGGAGGUAGCAAAAAYCGUGGUGUUGCUCCCAGCCACUUUGUCAAAGGUUCGUCAUCUAUUGCUCGCUCUGUUUUAAAGUCACUGGAGCAGAUGAAACUCAUUGAAAAGAAGGAAGGAGGUGGCCGUUUCAUCACAAGCCAGGGCCAGAGAGAUAUGGAUCGUAUUGCAGGCCAGGUUCUUGGAAGUUCUCAUUAAAUGUGAAAAGCAAUGAAAAAUAAAAAUAAAAAUUCUUCCUGAUAAAAA